GCUGUGAGAUACAUGGAGUGGGGAGUGACAAGUUCAAUAUAAAAAAGAAAAUACUUAUGCGUCCCAACAGUGCCAUCUUGAGGCUGCCCGAGCUUGUAAACAUUCCUUCUUCAGCCAUCACAGCUGUUUGCAGAUCCUGAAACGGAAAUGACUUCUACGGUGUGCUGAUUUAUCAUGUUUUCCUGCGUGACUACUGAUGAAAGGUUUCAUCAGUGGCUUUCUAGAGUUUCUAAAUCCCAAUUAUCUUCAACCUUCAGAGUUAAUCAUUGCUUUAUAUAAUCGGCGUCGGCGAACAUCACAGGCUGCUUUCACUUUAUAAAGCGAUCCUACAUCGGUACGAUUGCCCUUUGCUUCAUUUCGACGCGCUGAAUUCAACUUUUCUGCAGCGACUGUUGACGAGCUGAAGAUGAACCCAAGUAGCGGAACCCGCAGCGGGAAGACUUUCCUGUUCACGUCCGAGUCUGUCGGAGAAGGACACUCCGAUAAAAUGUGCGAUCAGAUUAGUGAUGCUGUGCUCGAUGCGUACCUAAGUCAAGACCCUGACUCUAAAGUGGCCUGUGAAUGUGUGGCAAAGACUGGCAUGAUUUUACUAGUUGGAGAAGUAACAUCCAAAGCCACGGUAGACCUCCAGACAGUGGUGCGAAACACCAUUAAGAAGAUUGGCUAUGAUGACUCCUCAAAAGGCUUUGACUACAAGACCUGCAAUGUACUAGUGGCUCUGGAGCCGCAGUGUGAGGAGAUCUCAGACUGUGUGUUUGAAGGCAGGGAUCAGGAGGAUAUCGGUGCAGGGGACCAGGGCUUGAUGUUUGGCUAUGCCACAGAUGAGACUGAGGAGUGCAUGCCGUUGACCCUGCUUCUGGCUCAUAAACUCAACUACAGGAUGAAGGAGCUGUCGCGGAAUGGAGUGUGUCCUUGGAUACAGCCAGACUCCAAAUCACAGGUCACUGUGGAGUAUCGAGACAACAUGGGAGCCAUGGAGCCCCUGCGUGUCCACACUGUGGUGAUCUCAGUACAGCACAGUCCUGACAUCACCCUGGAGGAGAUCAGAUGCAACCUGAUGGAGAAGGUGGUGAAGGCUGUCAUUCCUGCCAAGUACCUAGAUGAUAACACCAUCUACCAUCUGCUGCCGAGUGGGAAAUUCCUUAUGGGGGGUCCACAGGGAGAUGCGGGACUCACAGGACGUAAAAUCAUAGUGGACACCUACGGAGGAUGGGGUGGGCAUGGAGGAGGGGCUUUCUCUGGAAAGGACUAUUCCAAAGUAGAUCGGUCUGGAGCUUAUGCAGCACGUUGGGUAGCCAAGUCACUUGUCAAGGCUGGACUGUGCAGGAGAGCUCUUGUUCAGAUCUCCUAUGCUAUUGGUGUGAGCCAUCCACUCUCCAUCUCAGUGUUUCACUACGGCACAUCUAACAGAGACGAAGAUGAGCUGCUGCAGAUCGUACAGAAGAACUUUGAUCUGAGGCCUGGAGUGAUUGUGAAAGAGCUGGGAUUGAAGAAGCCAAUUUACCAGGCCACUGCCUGCUACGGUCAUUUUGGCAGGAAGGAGUUCCCUUGGGAAAAGCCGAAGACUCUGGUGUUUUGAGUUUAGUGUUGAGUGUUUUCUAGUUGUGUCCUAGUAAAGUCCGCUUAGUGUCACAUAAUCAAUCAUGUCUAAAUUCACCUGUUUAAAUGUCUUCUCUCUGUUUAAGUGUCUCCUCAUUUCUGGCUUUAAAAUGCAAAAGCAGUGGCCACCACCUUUUAUAACAAAGAUUAAUUACUAUUUUUUUAAUUAGAAAAAAGAAACACAUUGAUGUAUUGUUGUAUGAUGGUUACUGUAAAACUGUCACUUUUAUACACACUGUCAAAAUUCUGAAUCUAUAUCUGUACUAUACAUUUAUUGAUUAAAAGGCUGCAAUAAAAA